UGUGUGCGUGCGUGCGUGGGUCUGCACCAUGGCUGGCGCGCGUUGCCGAGGCGGUGCGUCUGGGAGCCUAUCGCGAGGCGCAUCUCCUGAACAGUCACGAGCCGCCCGCCCCUCCUGCCGAGGCGCAGAGACUCCUGGCCGAGGGCGUCGUCACCGCGCUGGCAGGGUCGACGUGGACGAUCUCGGCAGGGCCCGGUGGGCCAACGCGCGGAAAGGCGAGUGCAUGGGCGCCGCCGGCUUCUCUACCUCCCACUCGGUCUCGUACAGCGACAUGACCUGCAACCAGGCCAGAGCAGACGCCGACACGAGCGACGCCGGGGCCGUCCCCGAGGCCGUGCGACGCAUCGCGGUGCCCAUCGAGGUCUCGGAGCAGUUGAAGCGCCGGAUGGAGGGCCCCGCCGACGCGUGCGCCGCGGCCCACGAGAGGCAGAAUGAGCGAAACGAUUGAAUAAGAAACCGAACAUCACGGGGACGUCUACGGUCGGGAACUCUUGCUUACCGUGUCGCGACGGCGGCCCCGGCAACACGCUGCCCCUGCUCUACGCUGAGCCAGGAUUCCUGACCGCAGCUGGCGCGCAGGGCUGCCUGGCAAACGCAAACGAUGGGGGGCCGGGGUGGAUCUCCCCCUCCCUGAAGGACAGCGAAUGCC